GGUCCGCCUUCUGGUCUGUUUGUGCAAAAUAGUCGUUCCCGCCCGCUCUGGUCCGUGCUCGCGUUUGUCGUCGCGGUCGCGUGGUUUGUUUCGAGACUUAUUUUUUUAGCCUCUCCGUUCAUCUCGUGUGUGUGAUUGCCCCACACCCAGGGAGUCUGGUCUGGUCCGUUCGUUCCGCCGGACGAUUUGUUCGUGUGACAGCUAGUUUUUUUUUUACUUCUUUGAAUUCGACUCGUGGUUCCGGUUCGUUUUCCCUCGAGGGCCACUUCCGGUUGUGCGUGCGUUCCCGUGACCUUGCCGUGCGUGCGUGCGUGUGUGUUGGAAAAUUACGUGUACCAUUUUACUCAGGUGGAAAAUCAAAUUAUUCGCCCCUUUUUACUGCGGGAGUUUGCUCGCGGGAAUCGGUUCAGUUUGCUUUAACGAAAAAAAGUUCCGACUAUGGAGGAGCCAUCCAAAGUGUCCGCGCCGACCGCCGUAAAUGGGCACCCGGUUGUGCAGAGCCACGCCGAGAUGCACCAGCGCUGUCUGAAUCCGUACCGCUCGAAGGUGACGGUUGUCCUGGGGGCCCAGUGGGGUGACGAGGGCAAGGGCAAGGUGGUGGACAUGCUGGCGACCGAAGCCGACAUCGUGUGCCGGUGUCAGGGAGGCAACAACGCCGGCCACACCGUCGUCGUCAACGGCGUCGACUUUGAUUUCCACCUGCUGCCCAGCGGUAUCAUCAACGAGCGCUGCAAAUCAAUUAUUGGCAAUGGCGUUGUAAUUCAUCUCCCCGGCCUGUUCGAGGAGCUAGCCAAGAACGAAGCCAAGGGUCUAACCAACUGGGAAUCGCGGCUCAUCAUCUCGAACCGGGCCCAUCUGGUGUUCGAUCUGCACCAGCAGGUCGAUGGACUGCAGGAGGCGGAAAAGGGCGGCAAAUCGCUCGGAACCACCAAGAAGGGCAUCGGUCCGUGCUACUCUAGUAAGGCGACCCGCAAUGGAAUUCGGGUUUCCGAUCUGCUCGGAGAUUUCAAGGUCUUCGGCGAGAAAUUCGAAUCUCUGGUCAACAUGUACAAGCGCCUGUUCCCCAACUUUGAGGUGGAUAUCGCGGCGGAACUGGCCAGAUAUCGCGACUACGCCGACCGGUUACGACCGUUGGUGCAGGACACGGUCUCGUUCCUGCACGGUUCCCUCCGCGAGGGCAAGUCCGUCCUGGUCGAGGGCGCCAACGCCGCCAUGCUGGAUAUUGACUUCGGAACCUACCCGUACGUGACCAGCAGCAACUGCAGCAUCGGUGGAGUGCUGACCGGACUGGGGCUGCCCCCGCAAACCAUCGGCGAGGUCAUCGGUGUGGUGAAGGCGUACACGACCCGAGUCGGCGAUGGACCGUUCCCGACGGAGUUGCAUGAUGAAGUGGGAUCGCUGCUGCAGACCCGUGGUGGAGAGAUUGGUGUUACGACCAAGCGAGUACGUCGUUGUGGCUGGCUGGAUCUGGCCCUGCUGCGCUACACAGCCAUGGUUAACGGAUACACGGCGCUGUGCGUGACCAAGCUGGACAUUCUGGAUACGCUUAAGGAGAUUAAGGUCGCAGUGAGUUACAACCUGAACGGCGAACGGAUCAACUACUUCCCCGGUUCGAUCACCGCGCUCGGCCAGGUCGAGGUCAACUACAUCACCGUGCCCGGCUGGCUCACCUCGACCGAGGGGGUGCGCGAGUUCAGCGAACUGCCACCCCAGGCCCAGGACUACAUCCGGCUGAUCGAGAACGAUCUGGGCGUGCCCGUCAAGUGGAUCGGCGUCGGCAAGGGCCGGGAGUCGAUCAUCAACGUGAAGGAUUAAGGGCAGUGUUUUGUCUGUUUUAUUUUCUUCGAUUGGGUUUGUCUGUGUUUCUUCUCUUUUUUUUCUCUUUCCCAAGGGAUUUUAAAACUCUGUUUUUGAAGGUAGAGAUAUGUUUGUGUUUAGGAUUAGUUCUUAAUCGUGUAUGAAAACUAAACCCCAACACCAAAUUACCGUCACAAGUGUUGUCGUUGUCAAAAUGUCAAUGUCCAGGUUUUGAAACACCAGAGAGUAAAAAAAACCAUACAAAUAAAACGCUGUUUUAGCUCGUGUUCCUUGGCGAGGGAUUUGUGUAGCGCUAUAAAUAGUUAACUACCGAAGUGUUUAUAGAUUAAGAGCAAAUGGCGCAAGUUCGCACAAACAAUAUAUAAACUACUAUUACAAUUACUAGAAGGAGCCUAAAAGGAGUGUGAGACAAUGUCUCGGAUGCCAUUGUUUAUAGGGUUGUUUUCCAGAGUGGUUAUCAAAAUUUCGCAUUAAAAAAAAUCAGCAAUCAAUUUAACUUGAUGCGAUUGGUGGUGAACCCCACGCAUAGAUUCCGAAAAUCAAAAAUUCCAAAGAAUUGUCGUUGCGAUAAUCUUGACCGAGUAGGUCUGGCCGCACUGAAAGUUGUGUUUAAAUUUAGUCAUCUUUCCAGUAAUCAGCUAAACUGCACAGCGAAGCGUUCGGUGGGAAUCCCCACGCUUGGUUGCCCCACAAAAAAA